UUGCGCAAAAAAAUCAACAACAGUGUAAACGGUGUAAAGAUAAAGAGUAGACUGGUUUACCCUGUAGCCUCACUGAAAACAACAUGACAUGAUGAAGCAACAGAGAUUUUUGACGCACAGAGAUUUCUGCAGCAUUUUUUGAGUUUAAUUAUUGCUGAUCUCAAAGACAACAUGCCCCACGCUCGAAAUAGGAACCCCAGCCCCAUCCCAGAGGUAACAUGGGACACGGGAUUGAAAGAGAUGAACGAGACCUGGAAAGGAGCUAUAGCCUGUCUCGGGGUGGCCGUAUUCUUUGUCAUGACCAUCGGGAUCAUUUAUUGGCAAGUGGUGGACCAGCCUAACAAGAACUGGAUCCUCAGGGGGACUUUUAGCGGACUGAUAUGGGAGAGAAGAACCCACUCGCUGGUCAUACAGACCCUGAUGGAGGACAAUACCUAUGUGGAGAUAGACGUCGGGAACGUGGGGAACCCCGAUAUCGAGGAUCCCUUUGUGAGGAACCUGUGCUGGCUGAAUAAAACGGAGUUCUGCUAUACGUGGGACUCGGUGGCCGAGGUGACGAUCUCGCUGGAGGUGAAUGAGGAGACGGAGACGGAGUGCUACAGUAUGAAUUGGCGGCCGGUCCACUGUCAUGUGGAGCUGAAGGACUGCUUCUCCAUGACCAACGUGUCUUGGUACGGCGGCGCCAGUGUCCGGGGUCAGACCUGGCCGAUCAACGAUCAGAACGUCACCACGCAGCCCUUCGUUGUGAGUGAUCUUAUGGGCAAUCCCUCUGGCUUCGGCUCUGCCCUGGAGCGCUACUUCCUGGGCUCAACAGGUGUGGCAGUGCUUGUAUCUCCUGAUAUUCCCCUGCAGCUGGGGCUGGACAGCAGACAUCAGUUCUGCCUGCAGUCGCUGCCGAGUAUGGAGCGAGUGCCUCUGCAGUACACCGUGUGUGUGGCCCGCAACGUGAAAGCUGCUCACCAGGAAGCGGUGCAGCAGCUCUCCCAGCACAGCAGGGAGCUGCCCGACAUGAAUGCGCUGUGGCUGCCGUUCUGGAAGCUGCUCGCCAACAUGGAUUCAGGGCCGAAGGUGGAGAGGGAGCUGAGGACCUUCUCUAAUCGUCUGAGGAGACACCAGCUGGGGGAGGGAGUCAUCAGCCUCAAUGAACAUUCCACCACCCUCCUCUCCGAUAUGGACCAUGACUACCUCAACAGCAGGAAAAGGGGGAUGUCCAAGAGACUGACCAGGGACCUCCCACUUGUCAAGCUUCUUAACAUUUCCAUCACCCUGUCCCCUUUCCUGGGCGUGGACACCACGCAGUUCCACACCUCCCUCAUGGACGGCACUGAAGCCUUCUGGCUUAGUCUCCCCUCAGCCCCUCGGGGACAGCUGAUACCUGUGAUGAGUCAGUGGCGAGGAAAGUUCUGCGUAAAGCUAAACAUCACCAACCCAGGAGCGGCGAGCUGGUUCCUGGACAGGGUGGGAUCCCUGCAGGCCCAUUUGGGGAUGGAGUAUGUGGUGCUGGAGGGGGGCGAAGGGAAUCUGUUUGAGGAACAAUCCCUGCGGCCGCCGCAGGCUCUCGGAGGAGACAAGUACAUCAGCCUGCUGGCCGACUUGGCCACAAGAAUAGGAGACUCCACCAUUGUGACAGCGGGGACACGGUCGAGCCACAAGCCCCUGUUUGUGAGGAUGACCCCCUUGCAGUCCGACUGGAGCCCAAUGGGCCUGAAGGGCAUCAUUCCCUCCCUGCUGCACCACACUCUCCUGGGAUACAACUUCCUCAUUCCUGAUGCAGUAGGUGGCUCUCUGUCUGGGGACCUGGUCACAGAUGAGGAGUUGUUCAUCCGUUGGCUGGAGAUCAUAGCUUUCCUCCCUGUUAUCAGCUUCCACACGCCACCCUGGGUCUGUGGAGAGGACCGGGUGCUCAACCUAACACGGGCCUACAUAGUGAAGCACCAGAGGGAUGUGGUCCCACUGAUAGAAAAGUAUGCAGAGGAGUGGCAGAUGACAGGAAACCCCAUCUACCGGCCGAUGUGGUGGCUCAGUCCCAGUGACCCCGUGACUUUCACCAUCGAUGACCAGUUCCUCAUCGGAGACGAGGUCCUGGUGGCACCAGUGGUGGAGAAGGGGGCAGUGCAGAGGGAUAUUUAUUUACCUGACGGGGGCUUCCAGUGGCAGGACAGCCGCAGCGCUCAGGUGUUCGAUGGGGGGACGUUCCUACAUGACCACCCCGUGCCCUUGGAGGAGGUGGCUGUUUUCUUACGGAGAAGCUGAGUCACACGACGGAUCCACCGAGUCACCCGAUUUAUCCUGUUACUGUUUUGAAUCAAAUUAUUUUUCUUUCUUUUUUUAAUUACUUGUGCUGUUCUCAACUUGCACUUUUCCACAAAAGACCAUUGACCCUGUCUCAGGGCCUGAGAUGUAGAAAUACUUUUUUUUAUACUUGCACUUUACAGUUCAAAAUGAUUUUAUUUCUUUUCCUUUGUGACAAUUAUUUUCUUACUUUUUAAACACGUUAAUCGGUUUUACCUCUUGGCUGAUUUGUUUCCGGACCUUUUGAUCCGUUUUGCUUUUUUUGUUUUCAGAAAUCUGUGCGUUUACAUAAUGCAUUUCUACAGUCUUUAAAUAUUUAAUCGCUGCUGGCUCUCUCUGAUAAGGAGGAACAAAUCAAGCUCCUUUUUUGCUAAAAAAGAAUCUGAAUAUCUCAAGAAGACCAAAUGAAGAUAUAGAAGGACAAAGGAAAAAGGUUUAUGGGGAAGAAAUGAGCUCACAGAAAGCUUCGUACAGAGGCCGACGCAGCGUGGUACCGUGUGUCUUGCUGACUCAUCGGAGAGGCUUUUACUUGAACUUUUCAGGCCAAAGGGCUGAUGUUUUAUGAAUGUACCUCAAGUUAUGUUUUUUCCCUGCUUUACAGAGUCAUUAGACACAACAAUCUACCACCCCUUAGCACUUAUUCUUAGAGUAGUUUAACUUAAUGUAUCAACAUACCACUCUGUUGGCCACUGUAACUGUAACUCUGGCUAUAUUUUAAUUUAGAUUAUAUGUUGCCUUCUCACUAACCUGCUGUAGUAAGGGGUUUUAAAUGGGCUGCUCAUUUUUUACUAAGUCUGUCUGAUUUUUAACAUUUAGUUCGACAUAUUCGUAAGUACACUUAUUAGCUUUCUUGCGGAGAGUUAGAUGAGAAGACCGAUACUAUAGUCACGCCUGUACAGUAAAUAUUAAGGUACCACAAGCAGCCGCUUAGCUUAGCAUAUUGUAAAGACUGGAAACAUGGGGGAUCAGCUAGCCUGGUCCAAAGCUAACAACAUCUGGGAGCGUAUCUAUGUUCCCAGGGUUGUAUGCUGCCAGGGUGCUAUGUUCCCCGUCUUAAUAUCCUCUCAAUAUGAAACAUUAAGAAGACCUUUAAAAUCAAACCGCAGCAAUGUUUUUUACCCUAGGUAAAAAAAAUAGGUUUCCCUGAGUGAAUAUGUAUAAAUCACCCAAAUCAAAUCUUACAUCCUACCGACAGAUAAACUCCCUGAAAGACAGUUUUCUUGACUUUAGACAUUGAUAUCUAGAUUCUUUGUAACGCCCAUGUCCAUUUGUCUUUUGCAAUUUGAACUGCGAGGAUAGCCCUUUCCAUUCUCUUACAAUGUUAGUUUGUGUCAAGAACAUAGCACCCUGAGAACAUAGGGAUGACCACCAAAAUCUGACUCCCAGCUCCGAGAGCGGGAUCAAUCUUCACAUCUCGUCUUGGCAAGAAAGCAAAUAAGCGCAUUUACUGCGAUGUCAAACUAUUCCUUUAAUCGGACGACUUGGGGAAAAGAGCUCUUCUCAACCUAAAAUACAUAAAUGGGCUACGAUGCUAUCAUUUGUAAGACUUCUUUAUAUUGCAGCAAUCUUGGAUUUAUCCCAAAUUGAUAUUAAAAAAAAGUCACAGCGCUGCAGUGGACAUAAACCCUGAUGAGUAAUUAUCUUAAUCUUUGGUCAUUAUAAUCACAUUAACUUCCAUCGCUUGCUUUAUCUCAGUAGGAUUACUUAUAUAAGAUGUUUUAGUGGGUUUUAACCCUGGUCUUUAUGCUUUAAGCUAUUAAUUUUUAGUAUUAUAUUCAAAACUAGCUCAUGGAGAAAUGUAACCCCCAUGAUGCAUUGCUCUUUGUACAGUUAGUUAGUUGGCUUUUCUUUAUUGAUUUGUUCAUCACAAGACAAUCUUAACUGGCCAGCAGUGACGAUACAGACCCAGAAACCUUAUCACUUAGUGAAUGCUUUACCACUAAACUGAUAGUGUAACUUUGAUCUAACACGUUUACUGUAUCAACUCAAACACUCAGGUCUACUGAAGCUAUCAGAUCACCAAAUGUCUUAGUGCAACGCAGUUUGUGGUGAACACAUCAACGUCUUAAUCUCUCCCAGAGCUGAAUGUACAAUGGACAAACUGCUUUUAUGGAAUGCCGUGGUAUGUUUGCGUAUAAAUUGCAGGAAAAAAGCUUUGAUGUGUUUAUUCCUUCCCUCUACAGACUGAGCGAAUCAUUGUGCCUUAAUAUGCCACUCUUAAAUCUGGACGACACGAGUGUCUGGAUUAUUGCAGUAUCAGCAAUGUACAUAUUACGAUGACUGUGCCAUUACAAGUGUUUUUUUUCUCUCUUCUGUAAAUCAGAGAACUUAGAAUGACAAAGUUGCAAUAAAGUUUACA